UCUGUAGUUUCAUUCUGUCAGUCAACAUGUCAGUUUUGUAAAUUCUUUGUGUUGUUGUCCAUCCCAUUUCAUUAAUAAAAAGAAAAUAAUUCACUACUUCCCCAAAUGGCAGACAGUAUUGAAGGCAGAUACAGUUACUACCAACUCAAAGAAACCGCCGAUUAUUUAAAAGAAAACAUCAACUGUAUGGUGCCGAAAGUGGCUAUAAUAUGCGGAUCUGGAUUAGGUCCUCUUGCAGAGGGAAUAGAGAACCCCAUCGAAAUAACAUAUGACAGAAUUCCCUGUUUUCCAAAGAGUACAGUCAUAGGUCACUCUGGUUCCCUAGUCUUUGGUUGUUUGUCUGGUGUUCCAGUGGUAGUUAUGAAAGGACGGUUUCAUUUCUACGAAGGUUACCCUGUAUGGAAAGUCACCAUGCCUUGCAGAAUCUUCAAGUUACUAGGCUGUUCCUUUCUCAUAGUCACAAACGCAGCUGGUGGAGUUAAUCAAAGGUUCAAAGUAGGUGAUAUCAUGAUGAUCAAGGACCACGUCUUUCUUCUCGGAUUGUCCGGUAAUAAUCCGUUAAGAGGUCCUAAUGAAGAUAUGUUUGGAAGAAGGGUCCCAUCGAUGACUAACUGUUACGAUAUGGAUCUGAGGAAGCACGCUAGAAAAGUUGUAAAGCAGCUCGGGCUGGAGAAGAAGUUUCAUGAGGGUGUAUACGCGUCUGUUGGAGGUCCUAAUUAUGAAUCUGUUGCAGAAAUGAGAAUGUUGAGUACAGUUGGAAUUGACGCUGUUGGAAUGUCAACAGUGCCUGAAGUGUUGGUCGCUAGACACUGUGAUCUUGCGGUAUUUGCUUUCAGUCUAAUAACCAACGAAGGUAUCCUCGAUUAUAACAGUACGAAAAAGCCGGGCCAUCUGGAAGUACUGAAGGCUGCAAAAGCUAUGGAAGGACCUCUUCAAGACUUUGUGAAAGAGAUGGUUAAGUUUAUGGGGUGUAAGAAACCGUGUAAUUGCGGAUGUUGCUAAAAAGAGAAAUAAAAUGAAGCAUCACUGGAAUACGAUCAGGGGAUACGAGUGAUUUUAAGAUAAAAAUAAUUGUCAGUUAACAUAAUUAUAUUAAACGUUAUAUUCAUACUAA